AUGGCGCCGACACAUCUUGUCCACGCGGCUGGAGAGUCACUUCUUCACAGCCUUUCGUCAAGAGCUGCCACAAGUCCUGGAGACAGCAUACCACUUGUCUCGGUGUUCGCUCUUGUUGGCGCGUCCGGCAGUCGUACAGGUUACACUUUGGGCAGCCGGUCACUUUUCGAAGAGACAGCCCUUGCGGACCCCUACCUCCAGCACCUCGAGAAGCGACAGCAAUACAUUCUUGCUAUUCCCACAACAUACGAUACCAUUGACAACUCUCCUGCUCCCGGCGCAGUUGCAGGCAUCACACUAGGUGCUGUCCUGGGGUCCAUACUCAUUCUGUGGCUGAUUCUGCUGGUCAUCAGCAUGUAUUUCAGACGCGGAAGAGUUGUGAAGACAGAAAUUAUUGAAAAGCACAAUCACCGUCAUCGAAGUCGCAGCAGAAGAUCAAGAAGUAGAGGCAGAGGGGAGACGGAACGCAGGACUAGGACAACACAGGAAGUCAGGAUAGAGCGCAGUGUUUCCAGACCUCCCGAGAGCGUGGUGGUCGAAGAGGAGGAAGAUGACAUCGUGGAAGUUAUUGAAGAGCAUUCGCCUGAAAGAAGGCCGAGCAAGAGAAACAGUGGCUUCAGGACGGUUGAUCCGGCUGAGUUCGGUGGUGGUAACGCACCAAGGCGGAAAUUGAGUAGGCGAUAA